UGCCAAGUAACACCUUCAUCAUGAAGAGGAUCCUGAGGAUAUUUAGAGAUAGUAUUACAAUCAAAGACCAAAGACCAAGACAACAAGAACACGGAGUCGAAGAAGCAAGACAGUGUGAAAAUCAAGAGACAUUUAGAACGGAUUUAGCCUCUUAUGAGGCGAUAGACUUAUUGGCAAAUUGCAAGAUAACCGACGUCGAUGACGUUCCAUCUGAAGGUGAAUACGCUGAAAUAGAAAUGGGUGUGUGGCAUUCCACGCCGCUGGCACAGAAACAUAAGUCCAAGGUAUCUCUAACCUGGAUCCUGAAAGAUAAUCUAGAUAAAUCUGACAGGAAAACAGAAGGACCAAAAAACUACAAUUAUGAAAGAGCAACAAAACAAAUAGAUCGAAACACAAAAUACGUCAAAGAAAGAUUCGUACGACGUAAUGAUUGUAAUCGUGAUCAGAGAUUUAAAACGGCCUGCGAGGAGUUUGCCAACAUUGAGGACACGUGUUCAGACACGAGCGUCGGGACAGAGGAAUACAAGAAGAAACACAGGCACAGGCACAGAAGGAGGAAGAAAAGGUUCGGAUACGAUAUCCGAGAUUUGGACUCGUUCCUGACUGAGGCUACAAUCGAUCGUCCUGGCAACAUACCAGUAGUAAUAGCUUUUCCCACCACCUUGUACCAAACGCAGAAGGAACUACAACGUGAGCUCACCCUGCCUCUGGGUACGGUGGUCAACGCCGUGUUUAAGAACCAGCAGUGGUUGUACACACAAACACCCCACGGCGACGAGGGCUACGUCAUGUACAACGCCUGUCUGCCGUUAGGAAUAUUGCCUAGAAGGUCCUCGCUCCAAAAGAAGACGCCAUGUUGGGAAAGCAGCACAGAUAUUUAUCCGAAGCCGUGCGGCAAUCUGACUGACAACGAAAAGGAACAGCUCAGAGGAAGGACGCAUUCAGAAAGCAGAUAUCGUCACAAAACAAAAAGACACAAGUCAUGUGCUGAAAAGAACUUUGAUAAUCUAUAUUUAAGGACCAUAUCCUGCUCCAAUUUACACGAUAAGGAAAACAGGAACCAAUCACGCAGACAGACGUUACUGGUGGUUAAUAGUGCGUACACGGGGAGUUACUACAAUAGAACGCUAACAGUGAAUAAGGGGGAAGUAGUGGUGCUCGUGGAUAGAGAGACUGACGUGGACUUGGAGUGGUUUUAUGUGAAGAAGAGAGAUGGAAGCGAAGGUUUCAUCCCGGCUGCCAUAGCUGGUCAUGGGUACAUCUAGUGUUAACUGUUUGAUAAUAACAUUAUCGUGUUUUUGCUUUCAUUUAUGUUAAUAACAUAUAUUUGUAGCACAUAGUAGCUAUUACGAAUAAAACUUGCAUUCGCUUAAAUUAUGAGUGUCUUAGAGUUAUUAAAAAAUCAGUAAAGCAUUUGUAUAUUCCAUGUAAAAGUUUUGAAUAACAUUCCUCAUUAAUCCAUUAUUCUAAUGUUUCUCGCUACCUAAUUAUUAUAUUAAAUACAAAAUUAAUUAAGUGUAUAAAAAUAGUCCGUUAUUGCAUUUAUUAUUUGUAUAAAGAUUAUAUAUUUUUUAUUUAUUUCACAUAGGUUUAAGUACAAGUCACUACAGUUAAGUAACUGUCUCUAUGUCACAACGUAAUUAUAGACAUCGGCAGAACUUCCGCGAUCGCAGGCUAUUAACGGCCAUUAUUAUUACAAACAUGUCACUACAAAGUCAUGUCGAGAUUUCUUCCUGUUAUACUAUCGCAGACAAUCAUGUAUUUAAAUUAAUGUUUUUCUAAGUAGCAUUUAACUUCUACCAAAUAAUUUUAAUGUAUCACGUGAAAAAAAUAUUAAUGACAAUAUAGCACCGCGGAGUACACUGUGGUUGAUGACACUGGCAGCUCGACUCUUAUAUCUCCUGAGUAACUGAGCUGAUACAAAUGCUUGGCAGCCCCACCGGCAAACACGCAGUCAUCAUGAAAGAAGGACACAUGAAUUCCAUGAUCUGGAAUAUCAAACACCGUCACAACAUCCAAGGAGCGUAGAUGCCAAAGAGCCAAUCUGGGACCACCUCCACAUACCUGCAAGAUUACUUUAAAUAUAAGAUUUGCUAUUUUUACUAUUUUCAUCAGUCAUAUAUAGUUGUUCCAGGAAUUAGUAUCAUUAGUUCUGUCUUUAGUUAAUAUAUAUAUAAAUAAAAGUAAUAAUAAAUAA